UGGUGGUGGCAGUAGUAGUAAAAUUUGUUGCAGUGUGGCUUAAUUACGUGUGGCAUGCUAAACAGAAGCUCACAAUCGGAUAGUUUGUUCAAAGGAAAGGAGGUAGACACGCACCCAGAGAAAGAGAAAGAGGCAACUUGUAGCUGUUAUAUUUUGUCAGGUUGGAAAUAUUUCAUGAGAUGAUGUGUAUCAUCAGGAUCAAUGAAUUAUUCUAUCAAAGACAACAUAGAUGCAACUUAGAGGACAGGAGUACUGCAAAAUACCCUCUUGUUAUCUAUUCAAUAGGAGAAUCUGAUUGAUAAUAACACAGUAUAUACAUAUAUGUGUAUGCACAAAUGUGUAUGUGUGCAUAUGUAAUAUUUUAUAGAAUAAACGACACAAUUUAUUUCAAUUCAAUCAAGUAAAAUCAAAGAAGUGAAGAUGACCGAAGAAUUAAACUGGUCAGAAAGGAGUUACACACUGACCGAUAUUGAUUCUAAACUUAAAAUCAAUUCAUGUCUUGUGAAGAUUGAAGAAGGACAGGAAUUGGAGUCAUUUCUUGACCUGUUUGCAAUAAAAUGCUUCAAAAAUCUCUUCCGUGUUCAAGCAUAUAGAAUGAACAAUAAUGAAGACCUCACUGAUACUUCAACAUAUGGUGAAGGAGUGAGUAUACCAAUAAAUUAUACAAAGCAUGGUUCCAUAAUUCCACUCUAUGGCGCCUCACAUGUUUUCAAAACUGUUGAAGAGAUGAUAAUGGCUUUUCCGCGUUUCGUUGAAGUACAGGAUAACUUAACGUUUUGUUCGAAUAACUGCCUCAUUCACUUAAAGCCUGGUGAUCAUCUAGAACUAUUGAAAGUCGAGAAAACAACGAACUCAAGUGGUAAACAACUGGUAUGUCAGAAAACAGAUAAUAAAGAAAGACUUAACUUAAGUGCAAGUAGUAUUGGCCAUUUCAAAACUGUGCCUGAUCCAAAUACAUACAGCAUCAAAGAUGUAUUAAGAAUACUUAAGUUGCCACAGGUUAUAAAUUUCGAAAGCAACAGUGAUGUUGCAGACUUGGAAGGUGCUGAGAGUAACGCUAGUGAUACUGAGUUUUCGGGUUCAUAUUUACUCGUUGGGUUACAGAAAUCCAGAGCUGUUGUGAUUAACUGCCUUUCUGAAGAGAAUGAUAAUGACGCUAGUUAUCUUUUACCACUUGAUUCUGAUUUAUUUGAACAUCUGAAAUACCAUUUUGCCUUUAGGAAUGAUUUCAAAUCUAUAAAAAUAUGUAAAUCCAAGAGUGGCAAUGAAACAUUAGACCAGGAAUCUCUUGAGAUGGUAAAAAAAUACACUCAAAAUAGUAUAGAAUCAGGUGCUAAAGAUAUAUAUCAGAUGACAGCUUUUGAAAAUAAUUACAACUACUAUUCAACGUAUUAUACACGAGGUAAGCAACUACACCAUGCACUUACUGCACCAUGCACUUACUGCAGUUGCAUCUAUUUUGCAGUGAGUUUUACCCACCACACACAUACACACUUACACACCACUCACAAGCAUAGUUCACCUCUUAUGCACAAAAACACUGCUGCACUUUCAACCUGUGCACUGAAGUUAUAUUUAUGUUUAUCUACAGCUUUUAGCAGUGGAGGUCAUGUAUAGAGUGUCCUGAAAUAACUGCAUGUAAUCUCCUGCACCUACUACUGCACUUGAAGUGAAAUAUCAUGUUUGUAUUAAAGAGAGAGAGAGGGGCUGAGAGUAUAUGCACAGCUUAAGAUUAAAUUACAGUCAUGUGUUGCAAUGUGU